AUGUUAUUUAUCACAUAUGAGCUCAUUCAGGCGGCUUUCAAUGCAUGGUCUUCCAUCCUUACUUCUGUCUUUCAAGAAGGUACUCAUGGACAGGAAAGAAAUUCUGUCAACAAACCAGAACUCGUCACAUCGGAAUGGAUUAAAACAACUGUAUUGCACUUGAAUUCUCUAGUUUCUAAAACUAUUGAUAGCAUCAUCCAUGUUCAUUUGGAGUUAGAUGUUAACAAAAAUAUUCGAUUGUCUACUGCCUUUGCUCGUUGGUUAGGUGUUUUGUUACUGAAAUGUCAUCGACUUAUCAAUCUUGAAGACAGUCAAAAUCUGAGAUAUACUGUAGUUUCUGGUCUGCUGACAUUAGCAGCUUCACAAUCGUCACCAAGUGUAUCAGUUACAAAGGAAGAUUCCAAAGAAGGUAGCUUUCUAGCUCAAAAGAUUUUAAGCGAAUAUACUACACUCAACAAUGUGAAUACAAACUCAAUUAUGGAUACAAAAUCACUUUCAAACCUUUUUGGUCAUAAAUUAAUCAGAAAAGUUGCUUUUGAUUCUCUGACGGAACAGACUAAUUGCCUUAUGAAUCAAUUAUUUAGCCUAUUAGAUGAAUCACAGUUGCAAAAACGGUGUAGAACAAUCCUCGGGCAUUUAAAUGUGCUUGAUCCAGAAGAUAUUCGUACUUUUGUUCAUUCAUCGGAAUCCUUUCAGCAUUUUUGUUUUGCUUUGGCCAAAUUUUUAACAUUCGAUUUAACUUCUGUGGAAUUAAAUGAGCAUAGUUAUUUAUUACCAUUGAAUUAUUCUUCUAACAGUUCAGGUAACAAUAUGCAAAAUAGUACCAUUAUACGACCAUCGAAUUUAUUUCGGAAACCAUUUCAAUAUUUUCGUGACAAUUCAACACUGUUACUGAUUCAAGCGAUAACUGGGAAAUUAGCCUCUCAAAGAGAAACAAUUGACUUGUUUCUGGAUACAUGUCGUGAUAUUAUGGAUACAAAUGAUCAUUCUUUUCAUGCUUCUUGCCUUUUACUUAUUGUCUAUGGUAUUGCGGGUUAUAUGAUCAAUGAUAAUAUAUCACUAAGCGAACGUAAAACCGUUUGCCUAAGCUUUAUGAGCCUAUACUUUGAUUCAGAGAUAUUAAAACUGCCUACUGAUUUAUUAUAUGAAAAUACUGACAACACUGUUGAAAAUAACAAUGUGGAUAUCUCCAAACAAAAUACCACGUAUAAAUCAUGGCCGGCUAUAGAAUCUGUAAAGAAUGAAGAUAUUCCAAAGUCUACAGAGGAAAAUCAAUUGAAAGAUAUUAAAAUAAAUUCGAUAUCUAUAUGUUUGUUACUAGAAAUGUUUUGUACUAUAUCACAGAUAAAUCUUUUACCAAUGAAGACAAAUUCAUCUAAGUAUAAUCUGGAAGAUGAACACUUUAAUGAAUGUUUACGUAUUGGUUUAUUGCCAACUGUAUCAUUGUUUCCACGUAACGAUUUAAUUGGUCAGACAGCGCGAGUUUGUUUAAAUCAAGUAGCAGUUAACUGUAAAUAUUCAAAUUUAAACGAACUCAUCACAGACAAUGCAGAUUGUCUAGUUUCCAAUAUAACGCUAGAUCUACAUCGUGUCAAUGUUUUGACAAUAUCAUCAAAUGCCAUCAGCUUAUCAUCUGGAAGAAGAGAUGAAACUCAACAAUUUCUACUAUCAGCUUGUAAUGCUACAAAUACUUUAUUUGAAUAUUGUACAAUUGAUGUUUUGCCAAUUUUGAAACCAAUGGUUACAAAGAUGCUUUCAUCUUUGGAUCUUACCUAUGAAUACACUACUGAACUGUUUCUUCCACCAUUCGCUCAAUUAAUGCAAACUUGCCGUAAAUGGAGUUGGCUGUUAGCAGGCCGGUGUAUAGACGAAAUGAAUGAUAACGUUUCAAUGGAUAAAUCGAACGUACAAAGUGAUCAGGUAAAUAACUCCUGUCAGUAUAAUAAUAAUGAAUCAAUAUUAUCCAGUAUAUACCAGAAAACAUUAGACCUGAUAUCUGAGACUCGUCGUCUCCAUCAUAUUGAAUCGAAUGGCGAUGAUGAUGAUGUUAGUCAGGAGAAGUCAAACAACAAGGAAAAUACCAACAGAAUAUAUGACUAUGAAAAGCAAUCAAGCAAUCAUGUGGAUAAUGAAGGCGAUGAAAAUAAAAAUCAUACAUUUCCUGAUCAUUUACAAAUAGUUGAAGAAGUUAUAUUACGAUGCAUACAUCUAAUGUCUGACGGAAAUCCCAGACUGCGCAUACUUUCAAUGAAUGUUAUUAAAGAGGGUUGUUUAGCUUUAGAAAGUGAAACUGAAUUAUUACUCCCUAUUGUUCAUAAAAUAUGGGCUUCUUUAAUGAUGAGAUUUCGAGAUAGUCAUGCUAUAGUUGUUGAAAAAGCAUUUGACCUCUUAACCAUAUUGUCUAAAGUUGCUGGAAACUUUAUUCGACAACGUGCAUCAUCUGAAAUUAUUCCACCAUUAGUGAUGUUUUUAACACGAAGUGCUUCUAUAAGUGCAUCGUCAUCUAAAUCGUACAAGUACUUGACAUCCCAUCGUGUACAAAAGUAUCUGUUACAUGAGUUAGGAUCACUUUGUAAACAAACUAAUAUAUCGUCUCAGUCAUUACAAUCUGUAAUCAAUGUCCUUGUCAAGUAUUUAGAUGAUUCACAACCAGAAGAACUACAAAAGGCAUCAAUAUUUAGCCUGGAAACCGUAUGGUCUCUUGAUCCUGGAUGUACAUGGACUCUCCUUAUUAGUCAACUUAAUGAUUCCGAGAUACAAAGUCUGUAUUCUGGGAGAUUGAUAAAACCGUUUAAAAUGAUACAAGUCUAUCAUCAGUCACCAGAUUUACAAAAUGGGAAAAAUUUGAAAUUUAAAAAUAUUUCAACUUUUCUUCAUAAAGUUCAUGGAAUCUGCAAUUAA